AUGUAUUUAUCUUGGUCUUCAUUUAACAAUAUAAGAAUGCUAUUGAUGGCGUGCAUGCCAGUAAUCAUAUUUUAUUUAAUUUGGUUAAUAAACACUUCUGAAGGUAUACGAAGUGAGGAAGGAACACUUUUGGACCUAGUUUGCUGGCCUGAUGGCAAUGCAAUACCUGUUAUUAUUACUUGCGGGUCAAUCAUUGCAGUUGUUAUAGAGUUAUAUGGCCUGUACCAGUUAUUUAAAGCUGGACUACCCAAGAGAGAGUACAAUGUGACGAAUGGUUUAUUUUAUUACGUAUGGUCGUUAAUAAUAAUAAUUAUUAUUUUUCUCGCAAUCAUGUUUUAUUCAGGUCUUCAAUCGACUAUAAUAAGAGCAAAAAUAAAGGGAGGUAUAACAAAAGCGAUGCUUCGAUAUGCAAAUCAUCUUCCAUCUAAAAUAGCUAUAGAUAGGUUGCAAACCAGAUUCCAUUGUUGUGGAAGAGUCGGUUAUCAGGAAUGGUUCUUUAUACCUUGGUAUAGUCCUGGACAAAGCACCGACGUAUUAUCUGUACGAAAGUUUGUUGCUGACAACGUUCCGUAUAGCUGCUGUUCAAUGGAUAUCAUGCAGCCGUGUAUCCAUCAUGGCGUUACCAAGAAAGGCACGAUUUAUAAGUACGAUCCCUCAUCACAGUUGACAAUAUGGGAAGCCGGUUGCGAAGAAAAACUGAUAAGCGAAAUGAUGUCAAUCUCGUGGCGUUUCAAUGCUGUGAUGUCACUCAUCAUAAUAGCGAUGAUUCUGCAAGUAAUAGCCGUACGUUAUUUACACACGGCGUACCGAAAUGGCCUAAGCGCGGACAAUCAGGAUUCAUGUUACGCAUAUUUACUCCGAUCUGAUACCAAAGUGGCAGGGAGAAGAAAAGUAGUCCGAAAACGGAAAUUACGUCAAGCGCGAACUCUACACUGGGUAACUGCUUCGUACAGAAGACAGUAUACAACAUCGUCUCAAUCAGAUUUUAACAGCUCUGAUGAAUUAUUGAAACCUAUUUAUGAAUAA